ACGAUUGCAGAAUGGCGAAUCAAAUAAGCCUGUCAUGGAUGAGCAAACAUAAGAAUAUAUGGAGGCUUUUUUGGAAUGCACCUUCAAAUUCAACUCCCAAGAAUUUUUCUAUUGGACAAGUCAUUAACCUACACAAUCUUGGGAGAGUUUCUCCAGUUCAUCAUAACUGCUUCCUUGCAAGACUGUCCCACAACAGCGUAAAACACUAUUCUCAGCUACCUGCACACCAAGGCUUAUUCCAUGUGACAAUGCCAGACCUAGAUGAGGGCAGGAGUCCCUCAAAAUCUCCUGAGAGGAAAACAUACAGCGGUAAACCCAAAGUAACAGAGAGUGAAGUGCAAUAUUUGUAUAACAAGGAAAUGGUCAGUGCGAGCCAGUAUAUGCAAAGAGAAAGGGACAAGUUAAUGUCAGAGCCAAGGUCCCAGAUAGAGUCAUAUCAUGCUAAGUACACCCCACGGUUGUUCUACCUCGAGAGGGAACAAUAUUCAUCGACAGCUGUCUGUUUACCUAGGAAAGAUGUCACAUCUAUAGAUAUGUCACACAAGGAAUUUCUUGAAAAGAUUAUGGUGGAUAAAAAUGCUCACUUUCCUAUCUCUUCCAUUAUGGACUGCAUCAAGUCACUUGGUAGGAACUCUGAUGAAUGGUUGAUAGAUUUGAAUAACGAUGUGCGAUUCCUUAGGCUUAGCAUCAUUAUCAAAGCGGUUUGUCCCUCCAUGACUACAGAAGAGCUAGCAGAAGUUUUGACACUUCUAGCUCGAGCGCAGAUAAGGACGAGAAACUUUGUUCUUCCAACCCUGUAUGACGAGUGUUGCAACAGAGUAGGUAGCAUGGACCUCAGGACGCGACUCCUUUGCUUGGACUCAUGGAGAAUGAUCGGGUAUCCUGUGCCACGUUUUUGUGAGGAAGCAUUUGCCGCUUGCAGGCAUGAUGUAUCUAACAUGAGUACCGCAGAACUUCUCCAGCUUAUUUACCUGAUUGGAGAGAAUCGUGGAGCACCUGAGGGACUUGAAGAGGGUCUUGUUAAGCUAUUACCAGACCACUUGACCUCCCUUUCUCUCACGGAACUUGGGACAGUUUGUACAGGUCUCUUUAAAUCCCAGACCUCUCCUCGAACAUCAGACCUGAUGAUGGAGAUCUCUGACCAUGUCUGCAGCAGUGACAUCCAGAGUGUUCAUAGUUUCUUCAUCGUCGGUAUCCUCAAGCACUUCAGGCGGCAAUACACAGGCUACCAACAUUUCUUCCAGUAUGUAGCAAAUGCUGUAGCUCCUUUCCUGCAUCUGUACCCGCUCAUGUCCUGCAUGCAGAUCUUACUGACCUAUGCAACCAUGCACAUCUGCCAUCCACAACUCUGUGACAACCUGGCUCAUGAGAUCACGCACCGGGCCGAUCAGUGGCGGUCGAAGGAUGCGACCAAAAUCCUCUGGUCAUUUGGGACUCUUCAGUAUCUACCAGACAAGCCAUACUUCUUGCCAACUGUCAUGGAGCAGCUGAUCGAACUACAGGGGGAGAUGGAGGAGUAUCCUCUCAACUUGGUGUCCAGUCUUCUCUCCUUGGCAUAUCUUCAGCGUUACCCAUGGGAACUCAUCAACAGAUUGUUCAGCCCAGACUUCUUACAUACAAUCAUAGCAUUCAUGGACGAAACCAGGAUUGACUUGAGGAGGGACAUGCUACUACUGGAUAGGGCCGUGGAGAUUGAGUGCCCAGAGUAUAAUGGGAACAGGCUUGAUGAGUCUAUCAUGUUGAGAUCUGAGAUUCACUCCAGUAUAGCGCCAUCCGUCGGUCAGCAGAUGGCCACUAGGUCGGACGUACGCUUCAUCGCUGGACUGGUCAGAGCUGCUGUAGGCCUGAAGGAACAUUACAAGAUCCAUGCUAUUCUACCUCAUUUUAACACCUUAGAUAUUGAAGUUCAUCUCAAUGAGCACAACCAGCCAAUCCCCUUUGAGUCUGGCGAGCCCUCGGCAGACGCAUUCAGCCGAGGAUCAGACGAGGACUCCAACAGCUUCCUCAGCUCCAGGAAACGAUCUGCAAACCAGAAGUGCAAGAACGCGGUUGCUCUGUCAUCCAAUCUUAUUACCACCAUGACAACAGGUGGUGAUGCUUCGAAGGAGCCUGGUGUGACCGCAGCAGAGACCCCGCUGGAGCUCAGGGAUGUUAGAGAUGGUCCGAAAAGGAUAAAGGAUAAGAGGAGAAAUGUCAAGCGUAUUCUACAGAAACCUGUUCCUGCCCCAGAUCAUUCAAAUGAAAAGUGGCUCGCCAUAGUGGUAUGGGCUAGGAACCACAGUCAUUAUGGAGGACACAAGCUCCUAGGUCAGCAUGCUAUGAAGAGAAGACAACUGGAACUACUGGGCUACCAUGUCAUAGAUAUUCCAUUCCAGGAGUGGUCCCAGAUGAUGAAGAACAGAGAUCAGCAGGAGAAUAUCAAACAUAUCAAGAGGAAGAUAUUCAACAAUUCACACUCAUCAAUAUGAAGGUUCCUAUCUGUAGAAAGCUGAAAAGAAAACUCCAGUCAGUCAAUAUGAGUGUUAGAAUUGAUUCAAGUUUCUGUCUAGCUAUUUGUACACAAUUCAGUAGUUAAUUGUUGUAUACAACAAAGAUAUAAACAGGAACUAUAGCAAAUAUUUUGGGUCAGUGUUUCUAUUGAGAUCAGGAAAUCUAUUGUGUCGGCUAAGUUAGCAAGGUAAAAAAAAAAUCUCAGGGCUUACUAUCUUUCUCUCCCUUUCUCUAUCUCUCUCUCUAUAUCUCCAUCCCUGCCUAGUUCCCUCCCAUUUUACCCUCUCUCUUUUAAUAGCAAUGUCCAUACCAAACACUGAAGAUGGAUAUUGUGUAAAACCCCCAAACAAGUUUCUUGAUACCACUAAGCUUCAUGCCUCUUCUCAUAAAAUGAGACUGCUGUUUCUCUCAUAUAACUUGUUAGAUUAUGAGUGUACUAGUACUCAUUUCGCAGAUGAAUAUCUCGACCAUCAGCAAAAAAGAGAAUCCGAUGAACGGGGUAAUAAUAUGUACUGUGCCUAGAAACAAAGUAUUAGCGCAUUAUGAAUGUGAGAUAUUAUUAUUAUUAUGAUAUCAAAGGUUACUAAUGUUAAUAUGAUAUCUAAUGUACAUGUAUAAAGAGUAACAUGUGCCAAAAUUUGAAUAAAUCAUGAGCAUUACUUUCUUGUGAAUCAUCAAUCAAGCUAAUUCAUCUCACUUUUGCAACAAGAAUGUAAUCUGUACUAAAUACAUAUAUUUAAACUAUGAGAUAUUUGGAAGUGGGAACAAAGAUGAUAUAUAAAUAUCUAUGCAAAUACACUUCUCUGCUGUUUUGUUUACCAUUAUUAUUUGUCACUAUACCUUUCUGUCUAUUUGCGAGUAUUCAAGAUGUAUUCUGGGUCGAGCCAGUUGAUUGCACAUCAAAUAGAUGAUAUGAUCAUAAGAUGUACAUGUCGAUCCAGAAUUACAACUUGAUUAGUGAGUUUGAUUUAUCAUCAAUAAGAAGUUGUGUACGUGACACAGGUUUUACGGAACGCUUACUGGCAUCAAUAUCUUAUAAAGAUAUUAAGAAUAGGUUUUUGAUGAGAAUAAUUUUUUGGUGCUUAAAAGUACUCUUACAAAUGCUUUUUUAAUUAGUCAAGCUGCAGUAAUUGUGAUUUAUUAUAAGUGAAAAUAUUGGACAUGUUAUUUUCCCAAAAAUGCAUUCAAUGGCACUCUGCAUCUUACAUAUGUGUAUCAUGUAUUGAACUGAAAUAUCAAAUUAGUUGCUUUUUUCUUCUUCAAAUUUUGUCCAUUUUUAAAAAUAUUAUCAGUGAUUCUUCUUUACUCUUUUAUGUUGCUGCCAGGAAAACAUUGUUUUGAUACUUAUUUGCUACUUUGUAAUAGGGCAUUUUUUAUAAAAGGCUAUGGAAUCAAAUUUUGUUCAGUUGUAUCUUACCGAUACUGGUGAUUAGCAUUAGCAUUACCAAGUAUCAAAUAGAUUGUUGAUUCUGUUUUUUUUUUAAAUAUAUGAUUGCUUUACUGAUUGCAUAUGAAGCCUCUCUUGUGUGGUCUCAUAUUUAAUUAUAAUUGUUAUAAUAAUGGGAUGUACCUGUUUAAUGAUCUUGUUUUAUUGUAUGAAAUGGGCAUUUAUAUCACCUUGUAUGUUAAUUUUGUCAUCGUCGGAUUUUAAUGCUGCAAAAAUUGACUGAUGAUAUAUAGCAGAAUAAAUUAACAAUUCAAAUACCAAUA